AUGUCAAAUCUCCUCUCCAAGGCCGCAGCUCCGGCGCGGGCACUUGCAAAGAGCCACAACCUCUCGGGACGUCCGAAAAUCCAGCAAUGCCUGCGUAAAGGCGCUCAGCUUCACACGGCGUCAUUUCGCACUGGAUCCGAAAGACCCAAUGCCCGGAAAGAGCACAAGUCGGCUCGUGUAUCACAGAGGACCUUCCAUGCUACCAAUACCUUGUCGCAAAAGGAUCCCUACAAGGCCCUCGGUGUAAACAAGUCUGCGACGGCUGCUGAGAUUAAGAAAGCGUACUACGGCUUGGCGAAGAAGUUUCACCCCGAUACGAACAAGGACCCUACGGCCAAGGAUAAGUUUGGCGAGAUCCAAUCCGCCUACGAGAUCCUCUCCGAUCCGAAGAAGAGGGAGCAGUACGACCAGUUUGGCGAUGCGAGCUUCGAUCCCAACGCAGCAGCUGGAGCCAAUCCGUUUGCCGGAGCUGCGGGCGGCAAUCCUUUUGCAGGAUUCGGUGCUCAGGGUGGCUUUGGAGGCGGCUUUGGCGGAGGUUUCAACUUUGAGGAUCUGUUUUCGGCAUUUGGCGGGGGCCGUCGAUCGAACCCUUUCCAACAGGAGAUUUUGGUGGGCGAUAACAUCGAGGCCCAUGUGAGCAUCAGCUUCAUGGAGGCUGCCAAGGGCACUAGCCAAUCCAUCACCAUCACGCCGGUGGAAUCUUGCAACACAUGCUCUGGAAGUGGCUUGAAGGCUGGCGCACAGCGGUCGCAGUGCCACACUUGCGAUGGAACAGGCACACGGGUGCAUUAUGCGCAGGGUGGCUUCCAGAUGGCCUCGACGUGUGGAUCCUGCGGCGGUACUGGUUCAACCAUCCCAAAGAGUUCCGAGUGCCGGACGUGCUCUGGACAGGGUGUUGUGCGCAACAAGAAGACCAUUACUGUCGACAUUCCGGCCGGUAUCGAGGACGGCAUGCGACUCCGGAUAGACGGCGCCGGCGAUGCUCCCAUCACCGGAAGAUCCACAUCCCCCAAUUCCCGGGCCCAGAACGGAGAUCUCUACGUCUUCGUGCGAGUGGCGACCGAUCCCAAGUUUGGUCGCGAGGGCUCCAACAUUCUCUACACAGCAAACAUUCCUCUCACCACGGCCAUCCUGGGUGGACAGGUCACGAUUCCCACACUGGACGGAUCCGUUAAUCUCAAGGUGGCUACCGGCACCAACACAGGCGACAAGGUUACUCUGCCUGGCAUGGGUAUGAAGCGACUCGGCUCACGAAGGGCGGGAUCCGGUGACUUGAAGGUCGAGUUCCGAGUCAGGAUGCCCAAGUCGCUCAGCGCCAGCCAGCGAACCAUUCUCGAGAUGCUCGCCGAUGAGAUGGACGACAAGUCAGCUCGCCGCGUCAUGAACGUUUCGUCAAGGUCAGAAGGACAUUCCAAAACCUGA